AUAGCGGCUUUGUAAACCAGCGCAUUAUUCAUUAGUGAGCCAGUAGCGUCGAACCCAUUCCGAUCACGAGUAUUGAUUAUACCAAGGUGUAAAAAACCCACGACUCACAGCUGUGGAGAACCACCAUAUUUAUACACUUCGUCGCGUCUGUGCCCGACGGCGUGGAUAACCGGGGACAGGGAUCCGUCUUAUUUGGCCGUGUACUGCUAUAAUACAGCGAACGACGACAGAGCCGAGCUGUCGUCUUCAACUGAUUGUUCUUGAACAGUUGGCGAACAAUAACAUUCCCUACCUAUGAGUUCGACAUUGAAGAUGCCCCGUCCUCCACAAGGCAAUACCUUUCCAACUGGGAAUAAACUGCUUCAGAAAAGAUGGGACCAGCGAGCGUACCGUAUGCACGUACAAAAGAUGCGAGGUAUGAGAGCAGGCUUAGACAACAAAACACCAAAAAAUUAUUUACAUCUGCAGCUCAGGUUAAAAAAAAUACAGGCAGAAGAGGAGAGGCAAGCAACAAUAGAACAUGAAAAUAGAAUACUUUUAGCCAAAUUAACUCAGGUUUGCAGGUCUCAUGGUAAUAUUGACAAUUGGAAUUUGGAACAUGAACCAAGAAGUUUAAAUCGGCCGUAUAUGGAGAAACAAAUCCACAAGAUAGAACAAGAAAACCAAAAUAUCAUGAGACGACUUACAAAAAUUUCUUCUUAUUAUAAGCCUGACAAAUGGGAAGACGAAUACGUGUUACAUCAGUAUUACCUACAAAUGAAGGCAGCAGAAACAAAAGACUAUGAACUUUAUUGUUCUCGAACGGAAGGUAUAGAAUCAGAAAGUGAAGACGAAGCUGAAAAAACAGAAAAACAGCAUGAAUCUGAAGAUGAGUCAGAUGCGGAUGAUGAAACAGCUUCAGCUGCACCUUCAAAGAAGAAGACAGAGAAGUCAGAUAAGAGGCCGAUAACAAAGAAACAACACACCCACUUUCCUUUACUUGGCCAAGAAAGGAAGAAAGAAGAGGCGAAAAGAAAGAAAGAAGUUGCCAUAGCGAGGGGACAGAGAUACGACGAGAAAGGGGACGCUGCCAUUCUAUUUAAAGCCACAAAAGGAAUGGCUGUUGACACUCUACCUAAGCUGAGUGAAACAGGAAAUGCUGAAUCAGCAGUUGUGAAAGCUCUUGCAAGGAGAAGAUACAAACAGCGACAAGCCAAUAGGCAGAGAUUUGAACUUGAAUAUGAACUGGAUUUGUUAGAGGAAAUAAAAGUAAAACUGAAUGAAGAUUGGGAUGAUACAAUACACGCGUUAAUUUUAGAACGAGAAGAAUAUGAUGCAAGGUGUCUACAACAUGCAUUGAAGGGUAUCGGUACGCUUGAAGCUACUCUUAUAGAAAUUCUCUGCACAAGAAAUAAUGCGGCUAUCAGCGCCAUAAAGACAGCGUAUUCAGACAAAUAUGAGUCAGAUUUAAUGGAUGACAUAAAAAGUGACAUCACUGAUACAGCUUUCAGGAAUCUCAUUCUAGGUUUAGCAAAGGGUAUCCAUGAUGAAGGCGGGGUGGUAGAUAAAAGCCAAGCUCAAGAUGAUGCUAAGGAGCUGUUUGAGAUGGAGGAAGAUGAAAGAUGGAAUACAGAAAGUGGGAAAUUUAAUGAAAUUAUAACAGAUUACAGCAUGGCACAGAUGCUGGCUGUAUUAGAAGAGUAUGCCAAGCUUAAGGAGCAAAAAGUUACUGAGAUGGUGGCAAAUGAAUUUGAAGGCCAGAUGCAUGAUGGGAUUUCCGCAUUAGUGAAAUGUCUUCAUAAUUGUCCAGGUUUUCUGGCUGGCAGGAUACACGAGAGUUUAACCAGUGCCGGCGAUGAUUCCACACUAGUCAGGGUUGUUGUUACACGCUCUGAGGUUGAUCUUGUACAAAUUAAGAAAAUUUACAAAAAAAGGUAUGGUAAUACUUUAGAAGAAGAUGUACAGAAUAAAUGUAAAGGCAGCCAUAAGAAAGUUGUUUUAGAAAUCGUCAAACUGGCAGGUUAUCCCAAAAAGGGUCAACAACAACAACAACAGCAAUGGUCAGCACUGAAACAGGGCAAUAUGAAAUAUCAGGCACCACCCAAAGUAAAGCCUUUAAAAAGACCGCCACCAAGUAAGAAAAAAGCAGUAGAUCCCGAUAAUCCAAUUAUGAAGACCCUGAAAGAGGGGAAACCUGUGAGCCAUCCAAGGAGUGCCAAGAAAUCAGUGAAAAAGGGACAAGAUAAUGCAUCAUCCAGGUCAUCAUCUUCGACAUCGCAUGGAAAUAAAGACUCAGACGAUGAAAAAUAG